AUGUUCAGCGCCUGGAGAAAAGCAGUUCCAGCCGUAUCAAUAUUCCACCAUGCAUCCUCUCCACCUUCGAAUAAAGCCCUGAACAUACUUCGCUCAGCAAUCUCUGCUCCGUACCCACCAACCAAGACAGAUGCCCCUCCUCUCGAAUACAACCUUGAAGUCAUCGAAUCCCCGCCGACGAUUGACCAAUUGAAGACCAUUAUGUCUUACCUACCUUCAAAGGCCACGUCACCGUCCAUGGCAUUCUUGUCAGCUCAUCCGUCUAGUGGUUCAGCGUCCGACCGCCCCCAGACCAUCGAGGGUAUCAUCGAACUUGCUGGGAAGAACCCCCAGGCGCUACGGUGGCCUAUCGUUGUAAAUUGGAACGACGGACAGGUGGCUAUUGGAACCGUGGAUGGCGUGAGGGAUAUCCUGGAGACAAUUCGCAAGAGGAGAGACGGAGAAUUGAAAGAGGAAGAAGUUGAACAGCCUAAGGGAUGGUUUACGUAG